CCUGCGCCCUCGCGUAUAGUCGACGCGUCGCGCCUCAACGCCACGACCGGCAGUCCCUUGCUAUCGCCUGACCGCUUAGCUUGCCUGCCGAAGCUUUCUCAGAAACGUUGUGUCUGUUUCGAGGCGCGCACACAUUCAAAAAAAAAAACGAAGCCCACCGACCACCACUUUAAAAUAAUAUAAAUCGACUCUCUUUCUCUGUAUCGACUCGCCGCUCUCUCUGUCACUUUGAAACGCGGGUUGGAUAUUUUGUCCGAUUUUCAAAUAAAAUACGCUCGCGUGGGUGGCCGGCCGCAACCCGCGUUAUAUUUCGACCAUCUGCCUGGAAAAUUGCCCGCAGUCGAGAGAACAACAUCGGAAAGGAAAACAACGUGCGGUGCGUAGCCAAUUUCCUUUUCUUUUCGUUUUGUUUUCCUCCCCCGUUUGCGACCUUCGGUCGGAUGUCCGCGGGUUAGUUUUCGGACGACGAACCACCACCAAUCAUCACUAUUUUGGAUUUUUUAACGAGCCGCCACCGCGACACCGCCGGCAAAGUUGAGGAUCAUCUGCGUGCGUUUCGCCGGAACUUGCAAUGUAAGGGUGUUUACGGAGCCGGCCGAUAUUUCAGACAGAAGACGACUAGCCGUGCGUCAGCAGCAACAACAAUCUGACAGAGCAGUAGCAACCAGGAAUCGUAACAUGCGCUAGAACCACCAUUUUGUCCGUAAAAAGUUCGACAAUCGCUUCGCUUUUUUGCAUACCCGCUUGUGCGAUUUUGUAGAAAAGUUCAACAAAAAUAUCGAAACGAAACAAAAUCCGCGUCGCCGUCGUCGUCGUCGUCAGCCCGUCUAGUCCGUUGCUUUUUUUAAGAGAAGAACAGUAAUUGUGUUGUGAUCGAAUUUUAUUUUUGUACCGUCAAAAGAAGCACCAACCCGAAAAAGUGAUAGUUUAAAACACGAUAACGUAGUUACUCGAAAUGGACAAUAAUUAUUAUUCUACACUUUCCGAAAUCUCGUAAGGUUUCUAAGUUUGUGUGUGUGUCGUCGUAUCGCCGCCGCGCCGCCUACACCACGUUGCCGCGCCACGUCCAGAGUGAUUAUUCGCGUCCACUUUUACAACGUUGUUGUUCUCUUCUAAAAACGGCAAGUGCUAUUUUCGGAGUAUUUACAUUAACGACAAUUUACCAAACCGAAACAAACAAAAAAAAAAAAAAUAAAAAAAAUCACGAACGAAACCACAAUGGCAAUGGUCAACUUGUUGAACGGAAAGGAUUCGCGCUGGCUCCAGCUGGAGGUGUGCAGGGAGUUCCAGAGGAACAAGUGUUCCAGACCGGACACCGAAUGCAAGUUCGCGCAUCCCCCAGCCAACGUGGAAGUGCAAAAUGGCCGCGUGACCGCGUGCUACGACAGUAUCAAGGGCCGCUGUAAUCGAGAGAAACCACCGUGCAAAUAUUUCCAUCCGCCCCAGCACCUCAAGGAUCAACUGCUUAUCAACGGAAGGAACCACUUAGCACUGAAGAACGCCCUGAUGCAACAAAUGGGCCUAACACCCGGACAACAAUUGGUACCGGGACAAGUACAAGCGGUGGCCGCCAACCCCUAUCUAGCAGGAAUGCCUCAGGUCGGUAGCACGUAUAGUCCGUACUUCGCUCCGGGGCCCAUAAUGCCCACGAUAAUGGGACCGGAUCCCACGGGCGUGGGUUCACCGUUGGGCGUCGUACCUCAGACCGUGGUCACUCAGCAAAAGAUGCCCAGGUCCGACAGGCUCGAGGUGUGCCGUGAAUACCAGCGCGGGGCGUGCAAGCGCGCAGAGUCAGAAUGUCGCUUUGCGCAUCCCGCCGACUCUGUGACUGCCAACGAGGACGGCACUGUCACUGUCUGCAUGGAUGCAGUCAAGGGCCGCUGCAACCGCGACCCCUGCCGCUAUUUCCAUCCCCCUCUGCACCUCCAAGCCCAAAUCAAGGCCGCACAGUCGCGGGCUAGCGCGCCCGCUGCAGUUUCGCCAUUGCUGGCUCCUCCGCCGUCGGCUGCAGCAGCCGCAGCCGCAGCAGUCGCCCUCGAGAUUGGCAAGAAGAGGCCGCGCGAGCCUAGCACCGCCGACACAGAUCUAUUACUGAUGGAUAUGAAAUCGGUCGGUUCUUUCUACUACGAUAAUUUUGCGUUCCCGGCGGGAAUGGUACCGUAUAAGCGACCCGCGGCCGACAAAUCCGGAGUGCCAGUCUACCAACCGAAUGCGACCACCUACCAACAGUUAGUUCAGUUGCAGCAGCCGUUUGUGCCCGUGUCAUGUGAGUAUUCCACCUCACCCGCCCCGCCCCCGACAUCCUCCUCCGCUUCUCCCUCGGCCACCGAACAAGCGGCCGCGGCGGCGGCGGCGGCGGCUGCUUUACAUCCCGCAAUGUCAUCGUCGUUAAGCAACCCGCAACAACAACAACAACAGCAACAGCAACAGCUGAGUAAAGAGAAUGAGCCGCAACCACUUCAGAUACCCGCUUCUAUAACGACGACCGCGUCCCUUACCUCCUUACCGGCGCAGCAGCUAGCCGCCAUGACCGAUCCCGCCGCUAUAGCUAAAGAGGUCGCGCAGCAGAAUUACGCGAAAGCGGUCAAACUGGCCGCCGUCAAUCAAUCGCUUGCCGCCAGCCAAUUGAACGCGUUGAAUCCGUUGAACUACACGGGGGUUUCGCUUAAUAAGCAAACGAUCAACGUACCGCCCCCGACUGCCGCGCUACGCUAUCCGAGUACCGCGAUACCGUUUACUUUUAACGCGGCGGCGGCCGCGGCCGCCGCCGGCUUAAACUUAGGCCUGACGCACAAUCCGUAUUCGGCCGCCGCUUUUGCGCAGCAGAAUUUGUUGAACGUGGCGAGGCCGCCGCCAGCGAUGACCGCCUUUCAAUUUAACCCCUACUCCCUGAUGAGACCGGGCUACGCUAACGCUAACCCGGCGGCGGCUGCCACACCCCUUCUCGGCGGUAAUUUCUUGGGGGCGCAGUACCCGGUCGUGUCGGCAGUGGCGGCCGCCCCCACCGCUACCGUGCCCGCCGCCACCUCGACCAUAGCGGCCGCCGCCGCGCAGAACAACAACAACGUGGUGGUGCAGCCGUACAAGAAGCUUAAGACGUCGUAGACGUCCGCCGCCGGUUUCUUGCGUUUAUAAUUAUUAAUUUUUUGGUUUUGUUGGAUAGGCGUUUUAUUCCGCGGGUCGGGCUAGAUUUUUUUUUGAGAAUUUGAGAAAUUACUGGGCGUUCCCAAUCGAUAAUGUUGAAUUGAAUGUGGCAAUUUCUUGGCUUGUUCUGGAAUUAGACGUUCGUAUAGCUAAGAACGACCCCCCAAUUGAUAUUUAGCCACUCUAUUUAUAUCCUCUCCCGUUAUGCAAUAAUAUAGGUCCUAAUCGGAAAUAUAUCUUUGACAAUUUUGAGUCCAUUUAAAAAAAUAGUCAUUUGGUUCCAGACUCUAAGAUUGAUUAUACGCUUAUUAACGUUUCUUUUGUCAAUUUUGUUUACCAACUGAGUUGCCUUUGGUUAAGUCUCCGGAAUGAAUAGUUUGGAUCUACAACCAUCAAACCUGCUAAUUUCGCCAAAACUGCCAAAAAGGCGUGCUUGAUCUGGAUGAAAAGCUGUUUUUUUUUUUUUAACGGACCAAGAAAACAAUUUAGGGCGGCUGUGUAUAUGAACUUUUACUCACAGAAUAAGUCAAUUAAAACCUUCCACAAUAUUGAAACAUGAUAUUUAGGAACACCCCUUCUAGUGGCGCAGCAGCAGGAAAUUGUUAGCAGGUAAAUAACUGUUUUCGCUCGAUGGCAACUUAACCUCAGUAGUUAAAUGUUUCAUUUUUUUACUCUGAAUUGUAGCUAUGGUUAUCAAAAGUGUUAAUGGCUACUUGUUCUUUGGCUUCACCGUUAACAAACUGUUAACGCUAGCAAUUUGCUGCUGCUGUCCGAUCAGGAUUUUAAAACCGCGGUUGUCUUUUUUUAGGUUGAAUGUCGUUAUCGUCGUUUCAAAAUUGUAAUGAUUAUUUUAUCGUUGUUUGUCAAUUAGUUACUGUAAUUUUAAAUUUUGAGAGUUUUUAAUGUUUUUUUUUAAAUAAAUGUGUAAUAAAUAAUUUGGAAGAAAAAAAUCACUAGUCAAAAAAGUCGUGGUUCCAAAUCGUACAACUGGGCGGCGCUGCAAGCGACUUGCGCCGGUAAGCGAGUGCCUCGAUACUGUGAUACCCUCACAUCAUCCGCUGUACGCACCGCUGAUAACUCCCCCUCCCUCCUUUGACCUCGCCCGUUUGACCAACUAAUCCGUUUUCAAAGCUAGAAAGCUAUUUGGUGAAUAGGUUUAGGCUGACUGUAACUACUGUUGUGUAACGGAUACAAUGUCGGAGAAUUAUUUUAUCCAGAGUUUACUUGCAUGACGAUCCAAUUGAUUAAAUACGAGAGCCUAAUUGAAAUGCAUGGUAGUAUACAACAUAAGCGUAUCUGUUUAGAAGUGCCAUUAUCGAUAUCUGUAGUUUGUUAACUGGCCCAAAAAGACGCAUCGGAUUUUAUCACGUGACUUGCGGCCACGGCCACUGGCUACACGUUUCUUCGAUAUCGGGUUUUCGAUGGAGUACGUUUGAGAAUAUUGAAAACAUUUCCUUGUAUCGCUGCAAAACGUUUCGUUUAGUCUUUGGCCGGCAAAUAACUUUAAUAAAUGCCCCAGUCUCACCGUCAGACGCAAAAGCACCUUGAUAUUCUCUUUCACUUGACGUAUAUGCGCGCGUGUGUCGUUAGAAAGUUUUCUGCAAAAAACAACUGCAACAAGACCCAUUGAUUGGGAUGCCAUAUUUGCAAUCCAAAUUUAUCUGUGAUUUUUGUCGUAUAUGUGAAAAAAAUUGAAUAGUGCUGGGUCAUUACGUGCUAAUAUUGGUUAAUUAACUUUCGACGCUCGGCCAAAAUCAAAUGUUUUCAAACGUACUGGCAACGCGACGGAAGCUUCAGGGCGUUCGUUUUAUAGAUUACAGUAUUUGCAUGGGGCUGAUAUAUCAUGUUUUUUGCAUGCUCCCGAAGAUGUUUAAAAUAAUUUUUAAAUGUUUUCUCCAUUGGUUUUCUUUUUGGGUUAGGUUCUAGCGUUCUAAUGACACACUGUAUACUUUUGUUGAAAAGUAAUGCGUAUCUGUUCUACUGGCUCUAUAUUUUGUUCCUACUUAUUAGAUUAUAACAAAAAGAAGAAAAAUGUGUUUAGCCUCAAAGGUUAUUUGUUAUUUUUGUCUUCCUGCGAUCUCCAAGCACAAAUUGUAGCACACAUGUUAGUGUCGGUUUUUUUUUUGUUUCUCUUGUGUGUGUAUAUAUGGAGCAAAUAUUUAGGCUUAACGCCGUUGCAACUUGGUAGAGUUCCGGGGCUAGUCUUUUGUUGCCGAUAAAAAAAGUUCCUUUAUUAGUUUUUAUUAUCAUAGUUUCAAUGUAAGUAGGGCUAGGCCUGGUCUGCUAUCGCGCAGCCGUUUGUUGGAAUUCUACUAACCCGUUGGGGAUAUUUUUUUACUCCGUCAAAUCGGAAACAAAUUUGGUGUCUAAAUAUUUGUCCUGUGUUAGUCGUUUCGCAGUGUUUUAUUGUAAGAUAUAUACGAUAGAAUUAGAUAUUGGUACGUUAGUGUAUUGACUUAUAAUACAAUUAAAAUGAUGUGUCUUAUUAGUUAGCAUUUAAUAAUAUAAUAAUUUUACUUGUACUUUUAAAGCAGUACGUAAAAUUGUGAUGCAUGUAUUUUAAAAUCGGUAAAAUUAAGUAUUAGACACAAAGUAUAUCUAAAUACCGAAAGGAUUUGCAUUUUUAAGUAGGAUUACUUUACGAUUAGACGGGUUAUCAAAUAAAGCAGGCUCGAGAUUUCUUAUCGCUACAGUAGAUUGGCUACAGGGCGUGCGUAAUCAGCUGCCAGCCAAUUAUGAUCUUACUUACAAUAAUGUAGUGCCUUUAGGCUGCUGAUCACGCUUUGCUGAGAGGUGUGGGUCACAAUUCGCCAUUAUAGCGUUACAAAACUUUUAUUUUUCCAUGAUUUAUACCUUAUUGAUUUAUCGUGUAUUGUACUGUUCUAAUCCUGAGGUGUAUGUAUUAUGAUCACCGCUACUAUUUGUAAUAAUAAUGCUUGAAAAUGCAUGAUAUUUGUUUUAUUAAUCAUUUUGCUUAUUUUUUUACGACCUUUUUUAAUUCCCCCCCGAACUUUAUGUUGGACCUAUUCUUUUUAAUCACACACGCAUACAACAAAUUUUGGAAAUCUGUCCGGAGAAAGCUUUUUACGUGGUCUUAUUGGACCGAGUGCUGGAUCAAUUUGCGUUUUGAUUUUGCAUCACAUUUUAUUUUUUGUGUUUCAUUUUUGUCGGUCGAAAAUUAAUUUUACAUUUACGGCUUAGUAUGAACUAACAAUAUACCCGCCCGCUUAUGUUACACUCAUAAAAAAGACAACCUCAAACUAUACACUUUGCUGUUGGGAAGCUUGGCAGUUUAGUUUUCUUCGUACGAUGUGUUUUCGUUCUUGUUUUCGUUUUCGAUUAUCAGUUAAAACGCAGUCUCGACGACAAGACGUUAAGGGAUCUGCUGAUUAAUCUUUAU